CGGAAUGACGGGUCGUCGACUACGCGCAAAACCGACGUGUAUAAUUCCCCUUCGAAGCUCCUGGGUAGGUUUGAGUUCUUUUUUAUGUUCGUUGAGAGGAUCAAUUUCCGGUCAUCCACGGCGAGAGCUCAAUAUGAUUGUUAUCGACAAGCGUUGCAAUCUGCCCCUCCGUCUCGCCGGGAAACUCCGGGCGGAGACCUCCAGGCUUCGGUUUGCCUCCUUGAAUUUCGAUGAUAGCUUAACGCUGCGUCUCAAGGCCCUAGUCUCUGAGAGCAACGCACAGGGCCUCAGCCUGCCGUGGCUCGCUGUCGCCGUUAAGACACUCGCGUCAACGCACGCCGACGCAAGAUCGGUCAUUGCCGAUCUCAAGCCUUCCGACGGAGAAGCGGUGGCGGGUGUCUACCUGGAUGCGAGCAUCAAGGUCCUUGACGUCUGCAACUCGGUCGUAGCGGAGAUUUCGCGGCGUCAGCAAAGGAACCUCCUCCUGAACUACGCGCUGCAUCUACUGAAAGGAUUUUCCGGCGAAAGAGAGAAGCUUCGGCGAGCGGCGGACUCGCUCCGCGAUCUGGAGGACUCGCCUAGGGAAGAAAAUCUAGGGGCUCAGACGGUCGCGAUUCUUCGAGAAUUGACAGACACGAUCGGCGAGGCUCCACGCGUCCGUUUGGCGGCCCGUCGGAAAAUCGUUCUCAGGACGAUCUAUGCCGUGAACGCUGUGAGCGUCCUUGUUCUCGGAGCGGUUUCAGCGGCGUUGUUCAAUUUACCAGAUUGUGCCGCAGGGGUCCGAAUCCGGGACGAGUUCCCUUGGGCCCAGGCAUACAACGAGUUCCGAAAGAAGGUCGACGAGAUGGUCUGCCGGCGGCCUCGCGGGAAGGCGGAAGAGGCCGAGCCGGCGGAAGCAGGGAUCGCAACUCUCAUAACUGCCGUGGACGACGUGGCUCACACCGGGAGCUCCGUAGGAAGUGAUGGACGGGUAAGAAGGUUGGAGAACGCCAUCAAGGAGGUGGAGGAGGCAGCAGAUGGGUUGUCCGUCGGGUUGGACCGGGUCUCCUGCGAGGUGAACGAUUUCUUCAGCGUGGUCCUGUCCACGAGAAGCGCCUUUUUGGAUCUCUUAAGAAGUUUAUGAAGAAGCAGUCGCCAACUCGCCAUUGUGGGCGAAUAUAUAAUAUAUAUAUAUAUAUAUAUAUGGGGGGAGGGUAUUCUACUGUUAUUUUAUCGAAAUUAUCUGUAGUACUGUGAUUAGCGAUAUUAAGGACGCAUAUUUGCUUGAUCAUCUAAUUGAAUGUAACUUCUGCUAUCAAAUUUAAAUCCUUUAAAAAAUUUGAAACCCUUCAAAUAUAUAGUACAA